GCAACUGCGCGUGACCGCUGAUACUAAAAGCUAUGUGUCCGCCUGUGCGCUGCGCAACAACAAGACAACAUGUUUUGGAGAUCAGGUUUUUAUCCGAGCUCUCACACAAACAUUUUUUUGUAAAAGGAAACAAUACAUCCACAUUUACACCACGGGAAGGCUGGCACUCUGUUUUCUUUUACUAAUAUUGGAUCCCCUGAGCGCUUUUUUUGGAAUAAACUCCAGCUGUUUGGCCUCCUGGAGAAAGGAUAGUGCAUCCAAAAAGGACUAGUGAUGUGAAGUCGUCAGACCACGAGGAAUCGGGUUACUAUUCUUGUGCCGAUCACUGCCCAGGGCUUUAAGCGGACACUGAUAGCCCCUAUUGUGGGAUCAUAUUCAUGCACUUUACGCGCAGGUGCUGCACACUGAGGAAGAACAGAAAGUAUAACGGGGUUUGGUUGCAGAGGGAGGAUGGUGGCGGAGAUGGCGAGCUGUGGAGCGGCUUCUCACCUGGAGGACGGGUAAGUACUUUAAAGGAUUUGUUUAUGAAUUUGUCACAUAUGUAGACACAGAUCAAUACUUUAUCUCUCUGUGUUGGUGUCGGAGUUUUUGUGCGUAACGAUUGGACAACAUGCUGCGUGCAAGUGGAUGCAGCUCCAAAUUCCUUACCCAGGGGCAACACAGGAAGUGGUGUCGAUCUUGAGCCUUAUUUUGUCUUUUUUUAUUGUCCAUAAAUAUCCAAAGUAUCGACUUUUUUUAUAUUUAAAACGCGCAUCAUUGGUGUUACAGAGGUAAGAAACGAUAAAUGGGUGAUCUCUUUGUGUGCGCAUGCUGCUGUGUUGUUUUGAUGACUCAUUGACUACAGUGUAACAUCAGCAGCGUGUCUGAAAAUACUAUCAUCGAGUUAUACAAAGUAGCUUUUAAAUAGAUAGAUAGAUAGAUAGAUAGAUAGAUAGAUAGAUAGAUAGAUACUUUAUUAAUCCCAGAUGGAAAUUAAAACAACCAGAGGCAGCACCAGUGAAACACAGCACACAUUCUACAAAUACAAAUACUGUAACAAUAUUCACACUUAAUAAAGAAUGAAUAAAAACAUCAUGAUAAAAACAGCAUGGACCAUUAUGAAUGCUCAUGCUUGUGAUUUUAAAGCAAAACGCACAAAUGAAGACAUAUUUAGAGUACUAACUUUUUGAUUAUAUAAGCAAAAAUCCACUCUAGUCAGAUAUAUGUAUCCAAAUUUUACUAAAGGGAUAUUCAUUAUUGGUUGUAUAGUAAAGCACACACAGUUGAGGUGAUACCAAUGAGUCAUUGUGUGUACACCUCUGUGUUUGUUGUCAUUCACACGCCAAUGAGGGCUGGAAAAGUCCCUGGAUGAACACCACCUCAGUGGCACCUAUUAACCCACCUGCGUUCAAGUGGAUUUAUCUCAUGGAAACUUAUAACAGCAGAACAAUAACCUAUUGAUGUUUAUAACCCUCCAUAGACAUCACAGUGAUAGCAGGGACGUGUCAUUUGAUAUUGAUAAUUAUGAGGCAAAGGCCAACAGUAAGCUGUUUGGCGCUUCUGUGUAAACACUCAGACAAACCGACAGUUGUUUAUCUACACACAGAUGUCUUCUCUUUUCAUUGUGUUUAAAGGAAGUUGUAUCCAACAUGCGAAUGUUGUCGUCUUUAUCUUUCAGCCAGAAACAGACCAACACCCUCACAGGGGAUUUUAUCAUUUUUUUUACGUACAGGAGACAGAAACCUGAAAGCCCCAGAACAUGAUCCAGGAGUUUAUAUAGAGUUACCAUGGUAGCUAAUGUGCCUCAGUGUAGCUGUGGUGUGCCAGAGCCUCCAACAAGCUGACCUUGAACUGAAGAGAGCGUGUUUCCUGGACAGAUGUUUGAAAACAAAGGAAACCAAUGUGCCUUAUCAGGAUUAACAGACACCGAAAUAAAAGACCAGACCCUGGUUGGGUUUAAUAAGUCUAAUUUCCUGAUUCAGCACCAUGCUUUUCAUCAGCCGGCUCCACACUUUUAGGAAAAGACUCAGGGCGGGAUGUGACCUACUUUUCUACGCCUGCCGGUGGUGAACUCGUUCUUCUUGUCUCCCCCAGAUGUAGGUGAUACAGGCGUGUUGCCUCUUGUCCAAGCUCAGACUGCAUCAACAGGUUGCUCCGGUCCUCUGCUCAUACGUAUCUUAUCUAUUAUAACACUUAAGCUUGGCUCAUUGUUUGGGUGAUAGAUUAAGGUCUUGUACAAAAAAGAUUUAAAAUGAAAUAGAGUAAAUAAAACUGUUAUUGCCUGUUAGGAAAGACAUAAAAACAUGAGUAAUAAAAGAAAAGAACAUUUGAUUGAUACUCUUUUCUAUAUAUUACUGCCUCAGUCCAGUGUGGCAUGGAUGUGGUCAGACUGUAGUUCUGCUGAGGUGGUUUUAAAGCCCAGAUUGCUUUAACAGUGGCCUUUAGAAAAGUCUUUAUUUUUUAAUCAUUUUUUUCUUGGUUUCCUCUUGACAGUACCCCACAGAUCCACCAUGGGGUUAAGGUUAUAGGCCAGUUGGCUGGUCAGUAAACCAUUGAAUCGUAGUUUUGGUGUUGUGGGCAUGUGUGAAAUCCUGCUGGAUAAUUUCGCUUGUCUAUUAAUUAACUUUAAUAGAACACUCUGCACGCAGCCGGCCUUUUCAGCAACGAUCUUAUGAAUCUUAUCUUCUUUGUGGAGGUGUGAUUAUCUUCUGAACACCCCCAGAAUUGAGUCAAAUGGUUCCACCGUGUUAUCAUAUCAUCAAAAUAUCAUACCACAAUGAGUGAAUAAAUCAAAUAUGAUUCAUUUAACCUUACUUCUGAGGCUGAAACAGAGAGCAGAAAGAAUGUGUCAGUAAGUAUCAGAUUGGUUUUGUUUAAUAGCAAAACUACGUAGUAAAUAUCUUUCCAUGUCUUGUAUUAUCAACUCAGCUGUAAAAGUGGGUCAGAGUGACACUUUGGGUGUUAGGACGAAUCUACCGUUAAACGAAAAGUGUCCUAAGUGUGAGUGAGGUGAACGUUUCCUGUUUUUCUCAUUCACUGAGCUGUGCCUUGUGUGAAAGCAGAAGUGGUCGUAGUGCAAAAGCCUGCAGCUGCACAACCUCCUGAGCCGACACUUGUAACCUCUGAGUUCUUGUCUGUUCUCACACACACCCCAGACAUCUAUCACGUGACUCUAAGUCUAUUCAGUGUAAUUCAGAGUUGUCUGACUGUUAUCUCCUCUGCCCUACAGGGAUGGAGAUAUCCCUGCACUUGAUAACAAAGGUAAACAUCAGCCCGUUUUAUCGCUCCUCUUCUUCUCUGUGCUGUUGGCUUCUCUUUUUUUUCACUUUCUCAGUUGAGCUGAAUGUGUUUGUUGUGUGUCUCUCCUCUGGUUCCUUUUUUAAAUUCAUUUGUACCUCUAAUAUAAAAAUAGUGCAUGCCAAUCUGUUGUUUUUGUUUCCUUCCCCUUUGACUCGUCUCACUUUGCAUAGUUUGCCUUGAUUUACAUAUUAUUUGCUUUAUAGGGCAGCUGGACUUUUUGCACAGUCAUCCCAUCCCUUGUGUUUACACUUUUACAGUAAUUAUCUCCAUUACUACAUGUGUGCAAAGAAAUAUUCUUUUUUUCCUGUAUCUUUUACUUCUCAGGUUUAAAAGUUAUCCAAUUAAAAGGAGAAACUACACUGUUUUUGGCCUGGUAAUGAAAGACAAAGAAGACUAAUUUGAUAGGAUCAGAAAUACAAAGAUGUUUUUUUUUCUUUCUCUUUGAAUGUGGUAACAGUCAGAGCUGCAAUAAUUAGUUUUUAGUACUUCAGAAGACAAGUAAUUGCCAGACAUGAAAAGAUUAAAAUGGAUACAUCUUUUUGGUUGUAUUUGAGGCAAGAAAGUCAAACAUUUUCUGGCUCAAUCUUUUCAAAAGUCUGGAUUUUUCUUUGUUAUAUAUCAAAGAACAAUUAAGAGGCAGUUUGAAGGUGAUCCAAUAUGGUCUUGGUUAGACUCCUUUGCUGCUGUGCCAUGUAUUGUUUCCCUCUCUCUCUCUCAGUAGGACGUCACCGUAUCCAAAGAAGCCCCCAAAAUUAGUAUUAAAAGUAAAAAGUAUUCAAAGUCAGAGCCCAGUACAAAUAUGAUCAGCAUGCUAAGCAUAACUUGUGUUAUUGUGCAUCAACAAGCCUAAAAAGUUCAGAUUUACUGCUGUGCACCACAAAUCAACCUUUUAGCGCUCAGACUUUUGCCAUUAUUAUUGUGGCCAGCAGAUGGCAGCAAACAUCCAUGAAACAACCCAAACUUUCAGAGCUGCAAACAAGUGUGUGUUUGCAUGUGUUUCCAUGUGCAUGUGUGUGUCUGUGUGAGUGUUUGCUCUGCACCUUGUUUGUCAGACUGAUGAAGGGGAGCAGCCAUGCCAGAGUGAAAAGGGAUGCCUGCUGGCUCCGAAAAAGAGAGACAGACAGAGAGUAGCAAAGGGAUACAGUCAAGAACAAGGAGAGAGAGAGAGAAAGAGAGAAGAGAGGGAGGAGAUGCAGAAGAGUGGAGGAGAUAGAGAUUGAUGAGGGAGGUGCCGCCAGUGGAGCAGUGAUGGCAGCAUCUGCUUGUUAGUCUAAGAUAAAACUCCGCAGGCCAGAGAGGAUGGGCUCCAUCCAUUAGCUGGCCAGGCACUCAGCCAGAUGGCCCGCUCCAUGGACAUUCACUGCUGCUGGGAAGAGAGAGGCAGCAGCAGCAGCUCCUCUGGACCCAUCUGCAUAGAUGUGCCAGAAUGUUAAUGCACGGCACUUAUCAUGGUUUUCUUCACGGGGUGCCACAGUUCAACUGCUCAGGAAGGAUAAAUAUGUAAAAGCUGUUGGUGUAAGUGAGACAUGCUGGGGGCUUUUUUUGAUGACUAGUGUGGCUGAGGACUGUUUUGAUAGGCGAAGAAUCUAAACUAAAAACAGAGGUUUUUUGCUUUGGCUGCACUAGUUAAAGUAGCUAAUGUGACAAGAGUGAAAACCUGGAACUUUUGCCCUGUUUCUAACAUUUUUAUCCAAGCAAGUCUGUUUAGUUCUGAUUGUCUCGUACAAAAAAAGGUGAAAAAUAGCCAGUGAGAGAGGAAGAGUUUAUCAAGCAAGGCUACAAAAGAUUAUUAGGAUAGUGUUUGUUUCACAUGUAUUCUUUCCCCCUUAGUUUCAUGACACAAAUCUGACAUUACAUCAGUCUUCACAACAAACCUGAACUUACCUCAAUCACUGUUUGUGUUUCAGAUAAUGUGACAGAGAGUGACAGCAGCGGCUCAGGUGAGCACCAAAACUCCAUUUCUCUCUCUACAUAACUCGUACAGAAACUUUUCAUCUGACAUUGACUCCUCUUUAAAAUGAUUUUUCCCCCCUCUUAUAACUUCAAUCCUGUUUUUUUAAAAGUCGUUAGUUCCCUCUCACAUCCCUUUCAUGUUGAUUUAUCACUCAGAUAACACAGGAACAUCCACUGAGGACAGCUCGGAGGAGGAAGAGGACGACUCUGGUGAGAGACACUCUUUGAACUGCCGCAUCAAAGCAUGACAUUUACUAAUUAGCAUUUUUUUCCCCAAGAUUGAAACAGGAUUAAUGAUAUUACUCUCAUGUCUGUAGGUUAAAUAUGCAAGCUGCUAGCUUAGCGUAGCAGAAAUCUAGGAACAGGGACAUAUAGCUAGCUUGAUUCAUAGAAAAAACAUAGGACUGGCAUAUAAAUGCUAGGGCAGGGACAUUUUUUGCUGAGUCAUUAUUCCGAGGUUGGGCCAAAAACAAAAAAGGAAAACUCUUAUCUGAUUGGCUCAAAUGAAUAAAAAGACAGUAACGAGAGCCAGAUUAGAGGCAUCCUCGAUUUAGUCUUUGACACAAGCAAAAAUAGCAGUUUAGCACCUGUACAUGUACGAGGAUUUCACUAAAGAAGUGUAUUUUUACAUAAUGUUGGUUUGUUUCUCUACUUUCACCAGAAUCUUGUGCUGAGAAAGACAGAGGAGAGGAAGGUAAAUAUUAGGAAUCGUAUUAAUCCUUUAAAAAAUCUUUAUAACUGCGAGAUUUUAUCUGAUGAGAUUUUCUUUGUGUUCUUUGCAGACCAUGAAGAGCCUUAUGCAGAGGGGUCUACAAACGGUAAUGAGAUAGAGAUAUUAAUACCUUUCUUAAAAGAUGUCAGCUUUUAAAAAACUUUUUGCUGCUUUUUACGGUCAGAUAGUCUGAAAACUUUAACUCUGGGCUUUAAAAAAGAGUGUUUUUUACACAAUAUCAGCAGACAUGAAUUACCUUCUCUUCCAGAAACUGUCCCUGGAGCUGAAGCAGAGGUUUCGAAUGGGAAAGGUAAGCAGAAAUCUUGUAUUAAAGCAUGGUAAAUAUUCUCUGAGUUGUUUCAGUGGAAUAAAAUUAUCAUAUUUUUAUGCAUCCUGACAGAUGAGAAACUCACAUACUGCUGCGAAAAAUGCAAAACAAUCCAGCAGGUGAGCUUGGAGACCAGAAUUAUCCGAAAAAGUGUCUUUUCUUUUUUAAAUAUACCCUCACAGACUCAUUAAAAGUUAUUUAAUACUUCUGCUGUGUUUUUAUACUUGCUCCAAUAAACUGUGUUUGCUUUAUCCACAGAGUCACGGCGGUGAGCUUGUUACACCCCGGAAGAUCAGUAAGGGGCGAUUACAGUGAGUACCACGGCUCAGAUCUGCUCUGUGCACACUCCCAGUAAUCCUGAAACUUCACUGAAUCUACGUGUGUGUAUGUGUGUUUCAGGGUGCAGCUGGAAGGAGAGGGCACAUACGAGUGUUCGGUUACUGGCUUGGUAUUUGAAGCAUCAGAGCGGGUCCUGUUGAGGUACUCUGUCUUGUCCUGGUCCAAGUUUGGUGCAUUCCUCCGAGACUCUUGGAAAUUUGCUGGACCCAUUUUUAACGUGGACACGGUUGAUAAGGAGGCUUCUGUCCUCAAGUCCAUCCAGUUCCCUCACUCCGUCUGCCUCGCAGGUGAGGAUAGAUUUCACUGCGUCUAUGCUCAAUAAAUUCAUCAGCAUGAAAUAAACUUCUUUAGUUAAUCAUCCUCAGACUUAAGAAAUCACAGCUUCCUCUAAAUCCCAAUUUCCUCCAAAUGUUAUGUUCUCACAGAUCCAGAAAAUGAGAUGACUUUUAGUGUCCUUCACAUAAAGGACAACCGUCCACUCAUCGAGCCCACAGUGGACCACUCAGGUAGUCAUGUGAAGUGGAAUGUGUCGUCUCUGUCACCCGUGGGUCCCAUCAUUCAGACAACACAGUCUGUGGAGCACCACGGGGUGGUUCUGGUUUAUAAGCAGCUGGGAAAUGACAACAACCACUACAGUUUCCACAUCUAUCUAGCCACAAACAGUGCCUCAGAUAUAAAGGUAAGUGUGAAAACUAAACCACAUCAUCCAACCAUGAAGCAACUUUUUAUAUCUGUGUUCAGGUGUUGAAAAGUCUUAAAUAUAGUCUUGAAUAUAGUGAAAGUCACUAAAAUGUCACUAAACUUAAAACAAACCUCACAACAACACAAUUAAAAGUUUGAAAAAAUGUCUAACAAUUAUAAAAAUCAGUUUAAUCUACAUGAAAAACUCAGUGAAGGUGAGAAAGUGGACAAUUUUGGGCCGGUGUACUUUGAUAAUCAUGUAGCUGUGAAUUGUAUAGAUAAUAUCUAAAACAAAUGGUACAUAUGUUUAAUUGAAAGAGCAAUGCACAGAGUUCACUUUGCUAAUGUACAACAAAGCUGGAAAAAAAAAAAAUUGCAGCUGAAAUAUUGUGUAUAAAUAAGCUGAAAUUCUAGCUCAUACUACAGUAUGUCAAACAAACCAUAGUAAAAUAUGAUAAAAUGAUCUCAUGUGACAUGGACAGCACAGUGGUGUAAUGGUUAGCACUGUCGCCUCAUAACAAAAGGUCCUGGGUUCAAAUCCUGGUCAGUUAUAGUAUGAUUUUCAAAAGCAUCAGAGCAUAAUAUAAUAAAAAUAUCAUAACAUAGUAUAAUAAAAUGUCACAGUAUAUUAUGAUAAAAAAAAUUCCAGAGUAAAGUAUGAUAAAAAUGUCAGCAUAGUAUGAUAAAAAAAAUGUCAUAGUAUACUAUGAAAAAAAUGUCAAAUUCUAGUAUGAAAAAAAAAUAUCAUAGUAAAGUAUGAUUAAAAACGUCACAUUUUAGCAUAAAAAUAUCAUAGUAAUGUAUGUUACAAAUGUCUGACUAUAGUAUCUCAUACAGCUUUUACACCACUGUAACAGUCAUUUAAAAUAAGAUAGUAUUUUCUGAUACAAAAAAAAGGUGUUUUUGUUUGCUUUGUUAUUGUCACAGUAAAUGCAGACAGUAAAAGUAAUACAUUCAUUUUGUAAAAGUAAUUAAAUUUAAGCAUUAAACUUUUUUUUUCUGUUUCCUUUUUGUUCGUGUAGGGUGAUGCACAUAUUGGCAGUUUGAAAUGCAAAAGAUAAACUUUUUAUUUCUCUUGAGAUUCUCUGUUUUGGUCUGUUGAAUGUUUUAGUAUCUGUUCCUGGUAAUUAAAUUCAGUCGAGGUUAUGUCAUCAUCCAGUUAAGUGAUCAUUGGCUGUCUGUAAAAAAUGACCUUAACAAACGCCAACAUACCAGAAAAAAAGGGUAUUUAUCAUGAUGUGUAAAUGCCAUUGCUGUGUGAUUCAUGAUAAGGGCAACAGGAACAUAACAAUUACAGUCAUUUCAAUGUGACUCAAGGUGUAAUUGAAAGAACCAGACUCUUAAUCGUAACCAGGAAUCAUGUAGAAAUUCACGUUUUCCCUAUCAGCUGGUUUGUCCUUUUUGAGACCCCCUCAGUUUGUCCAAUCUGACUCCAGUUAAACACAAUUCAGCUCAUCUUCUUCGUGGAACUGACUUCUCUUCCCUUUUUGUCUCAUCUUGGUGUGACCACAGGAUAUACGCAAACAGGUGCAGGGCUACAAAAACCGUUACAUCCGAAUCGAGAAGCCCCCCACGUGCAAACUGGACGAGGGGACGUAUCGUCUGGUGAGCGAGCCGGAAGGAGAGAUCAAACCCGAGGUUAGUCUCCUUUUCACAAACCUGCGUCAUCAUGCUUGUAUUUUUAAAGCGUUUCUCCACGUUAGCUUUUAUUUUACGUGUCUCCGUGCAGGAUUUGAAAUUCACCCUCGCAGUGACUAAGAUGAAAGGCUACUUUGAAGCCUUCUUUGAUCAGCCUCCGCCCUUCAAAUUGAAUCUGGUGGAGAUCAACACUGACGAGAUUGUGUGGUCUGCCACCAUCAGAGAAGGUAACAGUCAGUUUAGUCUCACGCUGAACACGUUUGAUGAUCUGAAAAAUUACAUCUAGGUGUGGGUGUGUGUGAGGAGAAACUCGUUGAAGUUUUCUGCACAUUUUCCUGUAUGUCGGAACAUUAAAUCUACAAAUAACUACAAAACAGGCCAUCAUUAAUGUCGUGAAAUCAUUCCCAAUAAACUUCAAGUAAAAGUCAGAACUUGUCUUUAAGCUCCUGUGAGAAGUUUUGAUGUCUAUGAAAUAGGAUCAAAUUCAUUUUUAAGCCUUAGCAUAAUAUACAAAAGCGGACAAGACCACCUGAAACAACAUAUGUGAAGUAAGCUAAAGAAUCAGCCCUGUUUUUGUAAUAUCUAUGUACAAUAUUCACAAUAAAUGAAACAUCUGACUCUCAAAAGUCACAGUUUUCUUAAUACUACCCUCUUUCUUGUUCAGUUUUUUCCUCCUUGGAGUGUUUUUGUAACCACCUUUUCUUUUCCUCUCUCUCAGGUGACUGCGUGGAUAACACAGAAAAGAUCCCGAGGAAAAGAGCCAACAGUAAGCUCUUUUUUUCUCCUAGUUUCAUUAAGUUUUUUCAGUCUCUCCACUUAGCUUUCAUACAAAGUCUCACAUCCCACCUUUGACUUUCGCAGGCAGACGGAGGAGCAGCAGCCCCUCAGAAGAGGAAGAAACAGUCUGUAAAAGACCUCGAUGGCAGGAUGAGUCAGGUGAAUUCUUGUUUCCAACUUGUUGCUGAUUUCAAAACAGAUUCAUCAGAAACUAAUCGGCGCCAAACCACCCCUCUCUCUCUAAACCCCUUCUCCUGCUCUUGUUGUAUUUUAUAUUCCCAGAUGGGUUGAAAACAGCCAUGACUCACAGUCAGGACAUGUCAGAGAAGCAGCUACUGCAGGUAGCCAAGAGGCUUGGGAAGGAGUGGAAGCAGGUGGCCAUCUUUCUGGACUUGAACUUCAGGGAGCUGGACGACAUCCAGGCUGUGGAGAAAGACGUGACCAUGCAGAAACUGAAGAUGCUGGUGGAGUGGAAGAGCAAGAGACGACCUGGAGAGGCGACGGCGCAUCAUCUGUGGAAGAGUGUGCAGGAUCUGGAUGACCUGCCGAACGAGGUUCAUCAGACUCUGAGAGGUAAAAACUGAGGUUGUGUUCAUAAGCACAAGAAAUUAACGCUAGAAGUUUACAGCCAAGGUAGUAUAAGAGCCACAGUUAAGAGCCACAUUGUCAAUCUGCCUAAAAAUACACAUCCUUUAUUGAUACUGCUUUAAAGUUAGUUAUUUUUAAGGUUUUUAUGUCAGCCUACUGUGUCUUUCACCCUUCAAAAUCUGGCCAUAGUAAUACAUUGUGGUUUAUCUACAUAUAACUCUUGUAUUCAUAACCGUUCAAACACAAUAUUAGGAAAAUAAUAGUACUUUAUCUUGUUUUGUCUUUCUUCAGACAUGAUGGACAACCGCACAGCAAAGUGAAAAGGCUUCGACGUCUUUAGACUGAUGGAUUUCUGUCUCUCCGGUGUCUGGAGGAACAAAGUCUCAGGAAUUCAACUAAGUGAAUCCAGCACACGGACCAAACACACGCCCUGCUCUCAGUUUAACUCCCUUUUUAUGAGUUAGGAAACUAAGAGCAGGGUUUAUGUGACCAAAAGAGCCACGGGCCUGAACUUGAUUUGUUUAAGUGUACUGUAAUUAUUCCUGUGUUGUUAAUAGGACAGACAGGCCAGACGUAAUGCUUGUUUCCACUUACAUAUGUGCUCAGGGGCGAGUCAACAGGAGGUCCUAUGUUUCUGUAGGGAUGAUCAUGUUAGUUAUACAUUUUAUGGGUCCAGAUUAUCAUUAUUAGUUUGCUAUGAAACACCCAGAUUUCACUUAUCAGACACAAAGAGCCUCUUCCACAUAUUUACUGGUAGUUUUAUCAGGUUUAUUUCCAUGUUUCAAGAAGUACACUCCCUUUCACUGGACACUGAACGUAUUGUCAGUUUAUUUACAGCUCUAGUCACAUGCAUGAGUGGAAACAAGGCCUAAAAACCCCUGUGUGUAGCCUGAGUUUUAUGCAUAGCAUAUUCAGGAUCAGGUUAAAAAAAAUGACCAGUAGAGGUGGAGGUGUCAUUGGGAUAUAAAGUAGCUAAUAAUGUAGCCAGUAGCAGAUGUAAUUUAGGUGCUGCAGUGUUGAAACUGCUAAAGAAAAGUAACCUGUGUACCAUGUUUCACUGUUUUUUGUGGGACUUUUUAAGAAAACAAUCAGUCAGUACAUUAAUUGCACACGCUUGUGACUUUCUAAAGUUAAUAGACUGAAAUACUACGUUUUUUUGAGUCUCAUACAUUUUAUAUUUGUUCACACGUGGUCCUGUACAUAUCUGUUUUGUUUUUUUUACAAACUUUUAUAAGCUCAUGAUCUAUUUUUUUACGUCUUUUUUUCUGUUGUUUUGCGUCUUUUUUUAUUUGAAAAAGUCUUAACCUUUUACUACGAUGUUUCUUUAUUUCACUUGAAGUUCAUUCCUGCCCUACUGCGACUGUAACGCAGAUCUCUUGUUUACACAUAAAUAUUGGUUGUGUCUUUCACAGAAGUACGCACUGUAGUCGAGAACAAGUAAAGUGUUUGGAUUCAGGGCUGAAUUUAAUAUCCGUCUAUGUGCAGCUACAGCCUGACAACAUUAAUUUACUUUUAUGAGACAUCCUUUCAGGAAUAAUAUCGUCGCUGUAGAGCUCAGUACGCUUAAGAUCUGAAAAACAAACUGUACCGUAAGAUGCCUGUGGAAAUAGUUCACGGAGAUUCUCUCACCAGCCCUACGUUUGUCACAGCUUUGUUUCUGCCUCCAGAAAAGUCAACACUCUCUCUUCAGAGAUGUCAUAUGGAAAGUUGAAUCUGUUCUCCUCUUCUAUGCAGAUAAUGUUUACACAUUUAGAGAACAGGGAGGCUGCCUUUGAGAUAUAACCACCAAUGAGCCACUUUGUCCUCUUUGCACUUGUUUCAAUCAUGUCAGCUCGAAAGAACGGAAAGAAUUGUCAGAUAUUCAUAAAGAAGAUGGAAAUGUUGACUGAAUAAAAUGGAAGAACAUCUCUCGUUUUA